UUCAUUACCAUAGGAUAUGAAUUUUAAAAAUUGCAGCUAAGUCCAUAGAAUGAGGAAAAGCAAACACAACAUAUGAAAGAUAAGACUCAGUAAUGUGAUUUAAAUAUACUUCAAAGAAAAGAUCUCAUGACAACGACACUUAACCGACCUGGUCCCUCUAAAAUAUGUUAUUCCCAAGAAAAUGAGAGAAAGUAUCUUCUAAUCGGGAAAGACAUCUCCACGUUCUUUGCCCGCCUCGUAGGUUACGCAUCAGCAGCUGGGUUUUGUCUGGCAAAGCUAAAACCAAAAGCUUCCUUUCUUAUAAAUUGCCGUACGUUUUAAGUUGUCUACAGAUUCAAUUGAGUAUGGAGAAGAAUCGAGAGGUUUCGGAGUACAGAGAGAGACUUAAUGAGACCUUGUCGUCUCCUGAGCUCGUUAAUGAGCAAACUCUUAAAACUCUAGUCAGAAAACAGCUCAAUGAAGAGUGUAGUGUUGAUAUAUUGGAUCAAAGAGUAGCUGCUUUAUCCAGUACAAUUGAGAAGCUUAGGAGUGUAUCAACAAAGGAUCACGACUCGUCUAAAUCAAACAACGAGGCAUCUUAUGGUGAUUGGAAAGUGAAACAUGAUGAUGAAGAUUGUCGUGUUAUGUACCGUGAAGGACUUAAAGGAAGUCCAUUUCAUACAUUGCUAGUUGAAGGCUGCAUUGAUGGGACUAUCGAAGAAUGUUUAUGUGUAUGCUGGGAAUCAUCAUUCUAUGAGAAAUGGUGGCCAAAGUUGGCAUUUCCGUCAUUCAGAGUCUUAGAAGCUAAAUGCUUGCAAAAUUUUAGGAUUGAUGAACAGAUAUGUUUACUGAGGGUGAAAGCACCGUGGCCAUUGACUGACAGAGAAGCUAUUCUGCAGUUUUUCGUAUUCGAAUACUUUAAAGACGGUUUAGUCAUCAUCCUACUAAACUCGAUCGAAGUAGAGAGCGACGGUAUAGCUGAAGUAGUGAAUGCUGUGAGAAUUGACUUUGUAGGCGGAGUUGCGAUACAAAAAGUGACUCCGGAGAGGAGUUACCUAAGAUUUAUAGCGGAAGUGGACAUAAAGCUGGACUUGGUACCUCCAUCUCUUAUUAAUUUUAUGUCUAGGCAGCUUCUUGGCAACGGUUUCAAACUUUUCAAGAAGACUAUUGGUUCAGUGGCUGAAUCCGAUGAUUACAAGAGAGUUUUAGCUGAUCCAUUGUAUACUCAUAUACAUGAAGCUCUGUAUUCUAGUGAUAAAACUAAUGAAAUCUGCCAAGUAAAUGAGCUUCAUAGCCAACAAGGAAGAGAUUGUGAAGAACAAGAACCGCAGUUGGAAGCUGAUGACCCAUAUAUGGCAAAAGAGAAUGAGACUCGCCAUUGCGAGAAUGAAUCUGUACCUAGCAAAAGAGAUGUUCCUGAGAUCGAGGAAGAAGAAUGUGCUGAUCUGAAAGAAGAAGAAAAAAGUUCUCUUUCUUCUUUUUCUUCUUCUUCUUCUUCAGAGGAGGAUGAAAAUGUCAUUGGGAAGACUCAAAACAAGAAAGUCAAAACACGUUUCUGCAUAAGUCCAGAGGUGAAGCAAGCUUUAGGGACAUUAGAGAGAGUGAUAUCAAUGGUUAGAAAAUCCAAAACAGAUAAUAAUAAUACAUCAACCUCUUCCGGUGAAGAAGAAGAAGAAGAAGAAGAAGCAUCAUCAUCACAAAUGCAUCAUUCAGGGAGCACACAGACUGUUUCUAAUAGUAAAGUUUGUAUUCAGGAUCCUAAAACUGAACUUCUUGAUGAAGCAUCCUUCGCACAUUAUCACAACAACAACAGCAACAAAAUAGCUCCUGCAUCACCUGAGAUCGAUCUAACAACAAACUCUGAGGUAACAAGAAUAACAGUCUCACAAGCCACAACUCUUUUCAGCCAAACAACAGAGAAUAGUGACGACAAACCGAGUGGUUUAAACGGAGGUAAGAGCUCAAAUCUGCAGAGGAAACGUAACCCGAGCUGCUUUGGUUUUAGGUUUUGGAGAAGAAGGACUUGAAAUAUGCAUUGAUAAAUCCAAAGAUUUUGUUUCUUUGAAGUUGCAGAUUAUAUAUAUAUACAAGGAAACAUUAAUAAUUGUUUUGUAACUUCACUGUGGAAAGUGUUAAGACUUUUCAACUGUCUUAAUCUUAUUUU